AUCGUCGUGCUCGUGGUGAGCUGACUGAGCUUUGACAGAUCACAGAUACAUUUGGUUUUUUUGCAAUUUAAAUAUAAGUUAUUCUCAUCCAUAAAGUUAUUUGUUGCAAUUACGAAUUUAUUAAAUAGAUUCUAUUUACCUGUUUAGUCUGUAUCUAAUAGAGGGUUUUGAGAGUUUUGAUGGAUCCAGCAUGGUCAUCAGCGUCGACAAAAACGCUACUUCGUUACGUUUGUUUCUUCUGCGACAAAGAGUAUCACACCCUUCGCCAUAACAUUGAACGACACUUGUGCAAACAUCUAAAGGAGCGGUGGCACCAGUGUUACGUUUGCAAGAAGAGAUUUUUAGGCCAAGAAGAAUUAAACACUCAUAAGAAUCAAUUUGGACAUAAACUUCAGGACAAAAAUUACGUCUGCGGUGAACCCUAUUGCGACGCCGCCUUCGACUACUUGGCGGCAGUCUACGCCCACAAAGAGAAAAAGCAUUGGCAUGCCACCCAAGAUUUUUACAACUGUCCCAUACCCGGUUGCCACAAGUCGUUCGAAAAACUGGUCAAUUUGCGAAGCCAUGAACAGACCCACGUCAAACGCCACUGCUGCACUUGGCCAGGUUGCGACAAGAAAUUCGUGACACCGUCCCAACUACGGAAGCAUGCUGGCAGUCACGAAUAAGAAAAAAAAUUGAUUAAACAUCGCGUUAACAUGACCCUAUGCACUAUGUUAUUUUUUUAAUUUUAAAUACAACAUGUGUCCGGAUUUUGAUCCUUGCAGUGAAAUCCAAUAUGUAUGCAUGUCUUUCACUACUUACUUAUCUUCCUACAAAAUUUCAUGAAUCCUUGAAACAACUUGACAAAACAAUUUGAAAUUCUUACAUGUAAUAUGAUUAACAAGGCCUUGAUCUGUACAGAAAAAAAGUUUGAUGAACAUUGAAAUUAAAUAUUUAAGUAUUUA